AUUCGACGACGGCAGCCAGCCGCAGUGAAUUAGAAAGAGAAUAUGAUCGAUAUUGUUAAAGUAAACUGAAUUCUAAGCGGAUAGACUGAAGUUUUAUAUAGAAUAUCUAUCUAUCUACCUAUAUAUUCGACGCCCUUUUCCGGAUUGGACGUUUACAACGCAAACAUGUUUUGCAUUACAGCUUUUGUCUGCCUAUUUGCAGUAGUCAAAACUCAAGAGGUGGCUAACUACUCUGUCUUCGAAGGUUUAAAAGCCGGUAGCUUAAUAGGUGAUUUAUCAAGGACUAAAAAGUCGACUAGUUCGACUCCGCCAAUUUUUCUAUCUUUCAAUCAAGGCUCUGGAUUAUUUAACUUAAGCCCUGCUGGUGUAUUAACAACAACAAAGGUUAUCGAUAGAGACGCUGUCGACGUGUGCCGAGGAAAGGUAGAGUGCUUUUUUGACUUACAUGUUACAAAAACGAUUGGAACAGCUAUCCAAUCUGUAAAAGUUCGAAUUAACAUUAAUGAUAAAAACGAUAAUUCCCCGGUUUGGGAAACGCGAAAAACAACUGUGGAUAUUCCUGAGGAUGCUAAAAUAGGCGAUGAAUUCAGUUUGCCAAAGGCGGUCGACUACGAUAGCCCGAAGAAUGGAAUUUCCAACUACCGUUUACAAACGCCGCCGGGUAGUCCUUUCGGAUUCAAUCCGAAUAAGGUUACUUUAAUAAUUACAAAUGAUCUAGAUCGUGAAACGAACGCUGCUUACAAAAACUUUAUCCUUACUUGCGUCGAUAAAGGAGCCAGAUCUUCAAAUUUCACUUUCAAUGUUAAGAUCACGGAUGUCAACGACAAUCCGCCUCAUUGUUUGAAAGACUUGUUUACUAACACCGUUCCGGAGAAUCUUAAUCCCGGUGAGCUCUUGAUAAAGAUCGAGGCGGGAGACAAGGACGACGAUGGGCCGAACAGUCAACUAAUAUAUUCGUUAUCAGCUGAAUCUCAACAAAAGUACGGAGACUUAAUAAGAAUAAACAGCGACGGUAAUAUUUACCUUAAACCUGACGCUAAGCUAGACUACGAGAUGGAAAAAAGCUUACGCUUUCAAGUUACGGUCACAGAUAAGGCUACUAACAGUAAACAGACAACUUGCCAAGCCCUUAUCGACGUUUCAGACGUGAACGAUGAACGGCCGGAAAUAAGUGUCGUUACUGUUGGCUCUCGUAUAGAAAUUGAAGAAGAGGCUGGUGAAAAUCAACUGUUUGCUCAAGUUCGAGUUAGCGAUAAGGACGAUGGAAAUGCAGGAAUUUUCUCUUGUAAAAUAAGCGAUUCCCGAUUUUUAUUAGAUCCGUUCUUUGAUGAGGGUAAUGAGAAAAACUAUAAAAUAACAACAGUAACAAAUUUCAAUAGAGAAGAGAUGGCGUCCGUUAGGUUUAAUAUUACCUGUCAGGAUAAGGGUUCCCCGCCGCUCCUCUCGCGGAAAGAAGUACAAGCAUCUAUUGUUGACAUCAACGAUAAUUCACCAAAGUUCAAGCUACCUAGGUAUGAAACGUCGCUCUAUGAAGAAAACGACUUAGGGCACCCUAUAAUUAUCGUUAAUGCUACCGAUUUGGACUCAGAUUAUGGUAGGGUAACGUACUCGUUGAGUGGCGAGUUCUCAGAAUACUUCAAGAUUAAUACAAGGACUGGUCAAGUGACAGCUAAUUAUAAGUUCGAUAGAGAAGACAGAGAUUUUUACAAAAUAACCGUUCUAGCUUGGGAUAAUGGGAGUCCCCCAAGGAAUUCUAGUGUCGAUCUCAUAGUCGAGAUACUUGACGUAGAUGACAACGCACCAGUCUUCGAAAAGAGCCUUUACAUUUUUGAAGUUGAUGAAGAACAGAAGGGUGAUAUCGGAGAGGAAAUCGGAGAAGUUAAGGCUUCUGACAAGGACUCACCUGCUUUUAGUGAAUUUCAAUAUGAAAUUCAAAAAGAUCAAGCUAACAAUCCCAAUUUUUUAUUUUUUAUCAACCAGUACAACGGCAAAAUAUAUUCAAAUAGACGGUUAGACAGGGAAGAUAGGAGUGAAUACGAUCUUAUUAUCCUAGCUAAGGGGGAUACUGGAAAGCAAUUAAUCGGCAAAUGUAGGGCGAAGAUACGCAUUAGAGAUGUCAAUGACAAUCAACCAAAAUUUAUAUUUCCGGUGUAUUAUAAUAAUACGGUUAGCAUUUCAUCGUACGUUGAAGUUGGAUAUCCGAUAGUAAGAAUAAGAGCAAAAGAUCCAGAUGAUGGAGAAAAUGGUCAAUUAUCUUAUUUUCUAAAGAAUAAUAAUAACAAAUUCAAGCUAUCGGAAGAUGGUUGGCUAAAGACUUCCGUAGAAUUCUCCGAUAUUGAAUACGUUAGCUAUAUAUUAACGGUCGAAGUGAGAGAUCAUGGCUCUCCUACUCCUCUUUCUGUAACUUCUAAUGUGACUAUAAUUAUUGAUAAAUCUUUACCUUUCUCCAAUCAAAAGAGAGGGACAACUACGUCUAAUUCAAAUAUGAUAAUUAUCAUAGUUAUAACAAGCAUUACUGGUGUCCUUGCUGCCAUUCUCAUUGCUGCUAUCUUCUAUCUCAUUAAAUGCGACAAUCGUAAUAAUUUGCAGUACGCUUCUCGUUUAGGACAUCAGAAGAGUGUCUUCUCAUCAUCAGCUGGAUUACAGACGCAAACCGUGGAUAACGAACCGCAUCAGCCCUUCUAUUCUGUUGUUGGAGCCACUCCGGCGAGUGGAGACCAAUUUAAGUCUCCCUGUAAUUACGAUGAUAGCGUUCUGUCAGCGGAUAGCGAUAGCGGAAGGGGCUCAAAUGAUAAUGAAGAGGAGCUAAUGCUAAAGUUGAAUGUCCGAAAUAAGGGUAAAAGCAUACAAACGGCUCGGAUUCACAGAGGUUUAAACGUCGUUCAAUCAACAUCUUCAUCGUCGUAUGGUGGCGCUUCAGAUAGUAAGCUUAAUCGGAUCGAAUCGGCCAAUCAAAACCGAUUGAAUGGUAGACGAUGGGACGAUAGUGAAUUAUGUAAAGCUAGCCACGUGUGAUACCUUCUUUUUUUUAUGCGAUUAAUUUACAACGGUGACGUUGUCAUUCAAUGCGCGGACGACUGUGAUAAAACUCUUUCAAAACUGUGUUCAAUUAUUUCACGGUGUUUCCUUUUAUACGAUUGAAUACGCUUUUUUAUUGAUUUUUAUUUUUUUUGCAAUUGUAUGUAUAUAAAUAUGCAUUAUGUAUUCUUUAUUAUUAAUAUUAUAAAGAUAAAUAUGUAUAGUUAUGUAUAACUACGCUUUAAAAGAGAGAAAAGAAAAAAAAAGAAUCAUGAAUAUUAAUGAGCGUAUUAUACAUAUGUUUUGUUAAACUUAUUAUGUAUAUAGAUCUUUGAAUAAAGAAAAAAAAUAAGCCUCUAGUCAAGAGAAGCUAUAUAUGC